AUGACUUUGACACCACGACGACGAGUGUUGGUGAUUGGUAGUGGCGGCGCUGGCGUGGCAGCAUCACUAGAAGCCAGCCGUCAGGGCGCCGAGGUGAUCCUGCUUGAAUCAAGAGACCAGCUUGGCGGCGCGACGUCCAUGUCAGCGGGGAUAAUAUUUGCAGGGGGAACUGACACGCAGAAGAAGGCAGGAGUCCAGGACACCAAGGAGGAACUCCUUGCAUAUUAUGCGGCUAUCUGCCAAUGGACGGUCAGCCCGAAACUUCUGGAGACAAUGGUAGACGGCUGCGCUGAUCUUAUUCCGUGGCUGGAGGACCUGGGCGUAAUAUUCAGACCCGAAGAUCUCUACAUCGCCGGCAUGGAGAAGAACCCAAGAGGUCACAAGCCCAGUGGGGACACGGGUGGGAGAGGUCCGGCUGGAGGUGCCGCGAUCAUCAACGCCAUUGUGACUGCCUUUGAUGAACAAAAAGUGCAAGUGCACACAAACACCAGGAUCACCAGCAUUACGAGCAGUACUGGUGGUGGAACCAAAGUUACCUCAGAAGACGGGCGGGAAUUCCACGGGGACUCAGUUGUCUUUGCAUCGGGGGGUUUUGGCGCGAGCAUCGAGAAGCUGGCUCGGUAUUAUCCAGACGCCGUCAAACAUGAGGGCUGGACUUGGUAUAUCGGACCAGAGUCGAAUCAAGGCGAUGCUAUCGACAUGGCUCUUUCGGUAGGAGGGACGGUGGUCAACGAAAACAGCGGAGGCCUCAACGUCACACCCAAUUUUAUCCAGGAUAUCGACCUGUACAUGCCUCCGUGGCUGCUAUAUCUCAACAUACAUGGGCGACGGUUCAUCAACGAGCUGUCUCCUUAUACUAUUGCUGGGCCCACCCUCGUGGCACAGCCAAAAUCCAGGUGUUGGGGAAUCUUCGAUACUCGAGCUCUCACCUAUGCCACCGACCACCCUCUCGACCCAGAUCCAUACGGUCUCGGAUUCAAAAUGCGUUCGAAUUGGGAAGCGGAGACUCUCCACAAAGAAGUCGCAAGUGGACGCAUCAUCAAGGCUGAUUCCCUGUCUGAAUUGGCUCGCCUGACCGGAAUGCCUGUCGAGAGCGUGGAGCAUACGAUUUGGAAGUGGAACCAGGAUGUUGUCCACGGAAAAGAUCCCGAGUUUGGGAAGCAGUCGUCCGAAAUGAUGCCACUCGAUCAAGCGCCCUUCUACGCUGCUGAUGUGCGCCCGCACGCGGUGGGAAUCACUUACACAGGGCUGGAGGUUGACGAGGAGGCACGCCUGCUUGAUCAAUUCGGUCGGCCUAUCCCUCACUUCUAUGCUGCUGGUGAAGCUGUUGGUGGCCUGGAAAAGUCAAUCUACCCUGGAGGGGGCUAUUCGAUCGGUGCAGCUCUCUUGUUUGGCAGAAUUGCUGGUAAAAACGCAGCAUCUGAGGUCAAGGCAUCACCUUAA